UACGUUUCCGUCAGCUGGUCAGCCUUUUUUCAUGUCGGUGCGUUUGACCGAAGUGGGCGGGGCUAUCGUGACGUCAGUACGUCAACUGUGAUCCGUGAAGAAGUGUAGUAGUUGCCUUUGAAGUUAUUCAGAGUGAAUCCUGUUCACGUGUUGAUGAUGUCAUCAGUGAAAGUGGAGACCGUUGUGAAGGUUGGCGCUCUGAUUGGUGAAGGUCCGGUGUGGGAGGAGUCAGAGCAGACGCUGCUGUUUGUCGACAUCGCAGGACAGAAAAUUCACCGCUGGAGUCCGACGACUAAUCAGAUCAACUCUGUGGAGACAAGUGACAUGGUGGGCUUCGCGGUUCCUCGCAGGUCAGGUGGUUACAUCGCAGGAGUCGGUCGCAGCAUCGUUGCUGUUGAUUGGCCAACUCAGGGGAUGACAUCAUUGAUAGAGGUCGAUGGGGACAAACCAAACAACCGACUGAAUGACGGGAAGGUCGAUCCAAUUGGACGGCUGCUGGCAGGUAGGGAGGUGAGACCGGCAGUAAUUGAAAGACAACAAGGAUCUCUGUUCUCUGUGACCUCUGACCUCACCUUGAGCAAACACCUGAGCCAGGUGGACAUAUCUAAUGGGAUGGACUGGUCUUUGGAUCAGAAGACAUUUUUCUACAUCGACAGUUUGGCUCUGACGGUUGACGCGUUCGACUACGACAUGACCACUGGUCACCUUGGUAACCGUCGUGUGGUGUACCGUAUGGAGGAGGGGGAGGGGCUUCCUGAUGGAAUGACCGUGGAUCUGGAAGGUCGUCUGUGGGUCGCCUGUUACAACGCAGGACAAGUCAUCAACAUCGACCCAACUACUGGUGUGAGGCUGCGUUCGGUCUCUUUUCCCGUGAGGAAAACCACUUCCUGUUGUUUUGGCGGUCUGGAUUUCUCUGACCUCUAUGUGACCUCUGCCAGUCUGGGCCUUAACCAGUCAGAGAUGACACAUCAGGUGGAGGCGGGACACACCUUCAGGGUGACCGGGCUUGGGGUUAAAGGUCGUCCUCCAUUUGUGUUCUCUGGAUGAUCUUGAGGAGGCUCAAGCAGCCAAUAACAGCACAGAUAAGCUGAUAAUAUUAAAGUGGAUAUUUGGAAUGAUAAUGUUUGACCCGAGCAGCGGGAUCAUUUUGUUGCUGUUUGAAAAUAAAGGAUGAGCCAAUCAAAGUUAAUGACUUCUUUAAUGUCUUCUCUGAGGAUUCUGGGUAAUGUAAUGUUGUUUAAUGUAGAUGCUGUGAUUCACCUGACUGUAAAAAUGUUUUACCUGUCUACCUUUAAAAGAUGAGCCAUCGUCA